UAAUUUCUAUUUGUCAAUAUCUACCAACGUGGCAAAGCCAAAGUUACUACUUUUUGACAUUUUGCGACAACCGAUACCGACAAACAAUAAUAUUUUCAUAAAAGUAUUCUAUUAUGGAAAAUGAAAAUUCAGUGAUUUACGGAUUAGAAUUUCAGGCGCGAACGUUGGCCCCCCAACUUGCCGAAACUGAAAAAAUUCGUUUUUUGAUCGGCACCCAGUCUCUCAAACAAGCGACAAAUCAAAUACAUUUGGUUGAAUUUAAUGAUGAGGAUUCAACUAUAAAAACUUCAGUUUUUAACCACCCUGAAGGAGAAAUUUGGAAAUUGAACACAAGUCCCUUAGAUGAAUCAAAAUUGGUCACUUGUUACAAUACUGUUACAAAUGAAAAUUCAUGUUGCAUGAAGACAGCAUUGUAUAAGUUACCCCAAACAGAAAAUCCUGAUGCUGUUGAAAAUUUUCCAAUUAUCACAAAAUUUGAGACUAGUUCGUUUGGAAAUGAAGUAAAAACUACAGAAUUCCAUCCAACUGAUGCCGAAAAAGCUACUUCAGUUUUGGAAAAUCAAGUAGUGGUUUGGGAUAUAUCAGGGGAGGAGGCUAAAAGUAUCUUAACAGUGCAGUUAAAUGGUAAGAAUAAUCCAAAAUUUACCACGGGAAAGUGGAACCCUCACCAAAAUUGUAACCAGUUUACAACUGCAGUUGAGACACAUCUAAAGACAUAUGAUGUGCGGUCUGGAGAAUUGGCUUGGAGCAUUGAUAAUGUUCACAGCCAGCUAUUAAGAGAUUUGGAUUAUAAUAUGAAUAAGCAGUACCAUAUUGCCACUUGCGGGGACGAUGGUUUGAUCAAAAUAUGGGAUUUUAGACAAACUGGACAACCAGUGUAUUCCAGAAGUGAUCAUUCUCAUUGGGUUUGGUGUAUUCGCUUUAAUCCAUUCCAUGACCAACUUUUAUUAUCUGCAAGUUCAGAUGCACGAGUUCUAGUUUCCAGUGCUGCAAGUGUUAGUUCAGAAAAUAACAAUGAUGUUUGUAUUAAUGACGAAACAGAAACAAAGCAAAUGAUUUCAGAUGGACCCUUACAGUGGUGUGAACAUGAAGACAGUGUUUAUUGUGCAGAGUGGUCCCCUGCAGAACCGUGGAUUUUUGCAUCGUUAAGUUAUGAUGGACGAUUACUUAUUUCUAGAGUGAAAAAAUCGCUAAAAUACCAAAUAAUGCUGUAAUUAUUUAACAAAUAAAUAAGGUCUUAAACGUC